GAAGUAUUGUCCAACAUUUGCUUUACUUGCCAGUACUGUGGCAUGUCUCACCUCCCUUCCCAGUGUGAGGUGUAUUGUUUACUUUGUUUUUGCAUAUGUUAUUAUAAGUCACGACUCUGGAUAAAACGUGAAUGCUGGACACUGAGGUGGCACAGACGAGUGGAAAGAUAUACCGAGCUCAGACGCUUCGUAGCAGAGAUGAAAUUUUUCUUUUGUGUUUUCUUUCUGGUGGCCAGUUGUGGGUUGUCUGUAGGUAUAAUAAGAGAAUACAGUUACCUUAAUUAUACAGGAAAUGUGUACUGGUAUCAGGCUCAAUGGCACUGCAAAAACUACUACAGAGAUCUGGCUACUGUCACUACUGCUGAAGAACACCAGAGACUUGUUGCCAUUGGAAACAAUGAAGAAUCAGCCUGGAUUGGGUUGUACAGAACAAACACACAAAACAUCUGGAAGUGGUCUGAUGGAGAACCAGUUUCUUACUUAAACUGGCAAUAUAACAGUCCUGUGAAUAGUUUUAUGACUUAUGAUUAUGAUUGCACUGUUGUGUAUAGGCGAUACUGGACCAAUGAUCACUGUGGACAGACUCAUUAUUUCUACUGUUACAGAUUUUUGAUUUUGGUGAAUGAGAGUAAGACAUGGGAGGAGGCUCUUCAGUACUGCACCACUAACUACACUGGUUUGGCCUCUCUGCCCUAUAAGACACAACUGUGGCAAGCAAAAUUGGAGCUCGAGCUGACCCAGACAGACAGUGUGUGGACCGGCCUGUACUUCAUGGAUGGAAAAUGGUUCUGGCUGAAUGGAGAGCCUCUAGAGACACUGCCAGGGACAGGGCAACCUCCAAGGACACUGGUUUCACUGCCAUCAUGUCCAGCUCGGCCUUAUCACUGUGGAGCAUUCAACAUCAAGACAAACAUCUGGGAGAACCGAGACUGCAACGAGAAGCUGAAUUUUCUCUGCUGGAGAUAAUUUUCCACAAGUUGGAUCCUGCUUCAGGAAGAAUACAUGAUAUAUUUAUAGCACAACAAUAUAUAAAAUUAAUUAGCUGUAGAGUGAGUUUGACUUUUUAUUUAUAGGAAACUUGGUUUUGAACAAUCAGUUUUCAGCAUUGAUAUAUCACUGAAACUAAAUAGUACAUGGAAAAAUAAUUUUUUUUGAUGGUGGAGGGUUGAAUAUUAAAAUAAUGGAGAAAAUCAGGUCAUGUCAUCUGAGAUACUGUUAGUUUCAACCAUAUGAAUGGAUUUGCUUUUGAAAUUCUUUCCUGUAGCCAAUAAGCACUAUUUGUACAUAUAUUGUAUAUGAGAUACAUACA